AUAUCUAUCACCGCUUCGUCCUCUAUUUCCUCUCCUCGCUUCCUUUCUCCUUACCAAAAUUAAAUUCCUCUUUCCAACGUUUUCCUAACAGAAAGCCAUGAAAUUCGGAAAGAGUCUCAGCAGCCAGAUCGAGAAAACCCUGCCGGAGUGGCGCGACAAGUUCCUCUCCUACAAGGAGCUUAAGAAGAAGCUUAAACAAUUUGACCCUCCUGCUGCCGCCGAUGACCGCCCCGGAAAACGCCACAAGUCUGAUUCUGCAGCCACUUCCGCCGACAUGUCCAAGGAGGAGUCCGACUUCCGCAACUUGCUCGAGAGUGAACUCGACAAAUUCAACACCUUCUUCGUUGAGAAGGAGGAAGAGUACAUUAUCAGACUCAAGGAGUUACAAGAUAGGGUGGUCAAAGUUAAGGAUUUUAGUGAAGAGAUGAUGAAAAUCCGCAAGGAAAUUGUGGAUUUCCAUGGAGAGAUGGUCUUGCUGGAAAACUACAGUGCCCUGAACUAUACAGGGUUAGUGAAAAUACUGAAGAAGUAUGACAAGAGAACUGGUGCUCUCAUCCGCUUGCCCUUCAUUCAGAAGGUCUUGCAACAACCUUUCUUUACCACUGACUUGCUCUACAAGCUUGUAAAGGAGUGUGAAACAAUGUUGGACCGUCUUUUCCCUGAGAAUGAUCCUCCUCCAGUUUCUGGUGAGACAACGCCCCAAGCUGAAGGUUGUGAUCCUUCAACUUCAACCACUACCAAGAGUGAUGGUGGUUUGCUGAUUCCCAAGGAAUUAGCUGAGAUCGAGUACAUGGAGAGCCUAUAUAUGAAGAGUACAGUAUCAGCUUUGCAUGUUUUGCAGGAAAUUAGAAAGGGAAGCUCAACAGUAAGCAUGUUUUCAUUGCCACCGUUGAAGAUAAGUGGUUCAGAAGAAACAUGGAAGAAAAUUCCGGUUCUUGAACAAGCAGCCAAGUAACCUGCUGGGUUACGUUAACAAACUAGUGGGAUGACUAUUUUCUGAUCACUUUUUUUUUUCCUUUUAAA